AUGGUUGGAAUAGACGAUAUCCUCCUAGAGGAGUCGCAGGGCGGCAAGCGCCUUGAGACCAACCGACAACCCCAAACCCAGGAUCCCACGGAGCUUAAGCGUCGUCUGGAGGACCUGUUGCUCUCUCCUUCACCUGAGUUCUCACCAGAAUGGCUCAACCGGCUUCAGCAACGUUGGGACUUCGAGGCAGACUACACGUCGCUUUUCAAGCUAGCCCCCCCGCAUACUCGGACUUUGACAAGGUUCCAACGACAUGGCCUAGAGGGCAGGGUGACAGGCUACAAGAACGUCACGGUCCCGGCGAACAGCGCCACGGCCAAGAACUCAACUAGCUUACUGCGGAAGCCCGCAAACCGGGCUGAUUUUGUGAGAGGCGCUGCAGGUUUCUUUCCCUUUGCUCCUGGUGGACUCGAUGGCAUCGAAGCUACGGCAGCCUUCGAGGAUCAGAUUCACUCAGGCGGGGCUGGUGUCGAGACGAGCGGAACAGGCAACAAGCUGGAAAGGGUGAUCCAACUGGGCAACGAGGGAGGAUUACUCGAGGUUGCACCCGGUAUGAGCAGGGGCAUCGAUUUCACCAAGAAGACAACCACUGUCGACCAAGAAGACGCCAACGCUAUUAAGCAGGUGCUCGAGGAGGAUCCAGAGGAUGCCAAAGCGGAGGAUAUAGGCGAAGAGGAACCCCGCGACGAUGGAUCGCCCGACCACGCAGAUGAUGACCCAGAAGAGGAGAAUGAUGAUAUCGAUGACAUCCUGCCUGUCGAAUUCCCCGCUUUGGAGCCCCAUGGUGUCCUGGCUGCUUCGAGCGCGAGAAAAGCUGGCCGCGAAUGGGCGCAUAUGGUGGACAUCAAUCACGACAUGUCCAACUUCAGAGACCUCGUACCCGACAUGGCCAAGGACUGGCCCUUUGAGCUCGACACUUUCCAGAAGGAGGCAGUCUACCACCUUGAGAAUGGCGACUCCGUCUUCGUGGCGGCGCACACCUCGGCUGGCAAAACCGUGGUGGCAGAGUAUGCCAUUGCCCUGGCAGCCAAGCACAUGACCAAGGCCAUCUAUACAUCGCCUAUCAAGGCUCUGAGCAACCAGAAGUUCCGCGAUUUCCGACAGACUUUCGACGAGGUUGGCAUCCUGACUGGUGAUGUCCAGAUCAACCCCGAGGCCAGCUGCUUGAUCAUGACGACGGAGAUCCUGCGCAGUAUGCUCUACCGUGGAGCCGACGUGAUUAGAGAUGUAGAGUUUGUGAUCUUUGACGAAGUCCACUACGUCAAUGACCUCGAGCGAGGUGUUGUGUGGGAGGAGGUCAUCAUCAUGUUGCCAGAGCAUGUCUCACUCAUCCUUCUGUCCGCUACAGUCCCCAACACCUACGAGUUCGCCUCAUGGGUUGGAAGAACAAAGCAAAAGGACAUUUACGUCAUUUCAACCCCAAAGAGACCUGUGCCACUGGAACACUAUCUCUGGGCUGGAAAGAACAUUCACAAGAUUGUGGAUUCAGAAAAGAAAUUCAUCGAGAAGGGAUGGAAGGACGCACAUCAGGCAAUGCAAGGCAAGGACAAACAGAAGCCCGCGGAGACAACUAUCGCCACCCGUGGAGGCAACCCCCGGGGUGGACAGCGGGGUGGCGCUCAGCGAGGAGGAAACCAGAGAGGCGGCCAACGCGGAGGCGGACAGCGAGGAGGCGGACAACAACAAAGAGGCCGUGGAGGGCCGCCUCGAGCCAGCCACAACCCUGGCCAUAUGGGUCGCGGCGGUCGUCCUGGCGGAUUCUCAUCGGCGGCGCAAGACAAGAACCUUUGGGUCCAUCUCGUCCAGUUCCUCCGGAAGAAUAGCCUUCUCCCGGCCUGCAUCUUUGUCUUCUCGAAAAAGCGAUGUGAGGAGAAUGCCGAUGCCCUCAGCAAUCAGGACUUCUGCACUGCAUCUGAGAAAAGCCACAUCCACAUGAUUAUUGAGAAGUCGGUUGCGCGACUGAAGCCCGAAGACAGGGACCUUCCCCAGAUUGUCAGGCUGAGGGAACUCUUGGGUCGGGGCAUUGCUGUGCAUCACGGUGGCCUCUUGCCUAUUGUGAAAGAGUUAGUCGAGAUCUUGUUCGCUCAGACGCUGGUCAAGGUGCUGUUCGCCACGGAGACUUUUGCCAUGGGUCUCAACCUCCCUACUCGAACUGUAGUCUUCUCUGGAUACCGAAAGCAUGACGGUCAUUCAUUCCGAAACCUCUUGCCGGGCGAGUACACACAGAUGGCUGGUCGAGCUGGCCGACGUGGCUUGGACCCGGUUGGAUCAGUCAUUAUUGUGCCUCCCGGAAGUUCUGAUGAUGCCCCACCAGUUGCUGACCUCCGCAACAUGAUACUGGGAGAGCCUUCGAAACUUCGGUCGCAGUUCAGGUUGACAUACAACAUGAUUCUGAACCUGCUCAGAGUCGAGGCGUUGAAGAUUGAGGAAAUGAUUAAGCGCAGCUUCUCAGAACACGCAACGCAGCAACUGCUGCCGGAACAUGAGAAGGACGUCAAGUUAGCCCAAGCAGAUUUGGCAAAAGUCAAGCGAGACUCGUGCAGCACUUGCGAUGUUGCCAUGGACGAAUGUCACCAGGCGGCUCAAGACUACAAGAAGCUUACGACAGAUCUGUACAAAGGUCUAUUGAUGAUCCCCAUCGGACGACGAAUGUUCUCUCAACAUCGCUUGAUUGUAUUCAACUGGGAAGGCGUCCGCUCUGUGGGUAUUCUUUUGUCCGAUGGCCUUAGCACCAAAGGGUCAACGGAGGAUCCGACUCUCCACAUUUGUGCUAUCAAAUCCCUUCGAGAACGCCGCGAUGCUACCGAUCAACUGCCGUUCAUCCCCUCUAUGAGGAAAUACCUCCACCAACUCCCCAAGGCUAAGAAGCGGGUGCAGACCAAGACUCUGCACGUCCCUCUGAGUGACGUCGAAUGCUUGACUAAAUGGGUCUCCAAGGGCAUCAUCCCAGAACUCUUCAAUGGCGGAGAUGGCUAUCAUCAAGCCAAGGAUCGGCUUCAUGAAAUCUGCAGCUCAUGGGAUGAUAGAAUGGAUGAGGCAGACUUGAGCCGGAUCAAGCAGCUGCAGCUUCAAGAAAUGGUUGAGCAGAGAAUCGAGCUGGUCAAGACGAUUUCUAACUCGCCCGCUAUCAAGUGUCCCGAGUUCUUGAAGCAUUUUGCCAUGUGCCAUGACGAGUGGCUCAUCAAGGAGCACAUUUCCCAGCUGAAGCAGUCCCUAUCGGACCAGAACCUUCAGCUGCUGCCAGACUACGAGCAGCGUGUCCAGGUGUUGAAGGAACUAGGCUUCAUUGACGACGCAACACGGAUUCAGUUAAAGGGCAAGGUCGCCUGUGAGGUGCACUCUGGCGAUGAAUUGGUCCUCACCGAGCUUAUUCUCGACAAUGUCCUCGCCGACUAUGAACCUGCCGAAAUCGCGGCCCUCCUGUCGGCGUUUGUGUUCCAGGAGAAAACGGACAUGGAGCCUGCUUUGACUGGCAACCUAGAGCGGGGCCGCGAUACUAUCGUCGCCAUCUCAGAGAAGGUUAAUGACGUCCAGACGAGACUGCAGGUCAUUCAGUCGGCAGAUGACUCCAACGACUUUGUCUCUCGGCCGCGAUUCGGCCUCAUGGAAGUUGUUUACGAGUGGGCAAGGGGGAUGAGCUUUAAGAACAUUACAGGGCUAACGGAUGUGCUGGAGGGUACGAUUGUGCGAACAAUCACCCGCCUGGACGAGACUUGCCGCGAGGUCAAGAAUGCGGCAAGAAUCGUGGGUGACCCAGAACUGUACCAGAAGAUGCAGCAAGCACAGGAGAUGAUCAAGCGGGAUAUUACAGCCGUGGCGAGUCUUUACAUGUAA